AUGGCGGAAAAAUUAUAUUUUCGCUUAGAUUCUUUAAAAAAUAUUUUCUUAGCGUAUAGCAAAAGAAAGUCAAUUAGAUAUGGAUUGCCAUUUAUUUUAUUCGUUGUUGGUGGGUCAUUUGGCCUCAGAGAAUGGACGCAAAUUAGAUAUCAAUUUUCACAAGUAAAAGGUGUGAGCAAAGAAGAAGCUGAGAAGAUGGGCCUGCACAAAACUAAAGAAGUGACAUUAGAAAAAGCAUUUGAUGACAUACAAAAAUUGGAUAUAGAUAAUUGGGAGAAUAAAAGAGGACCUCGGCCAUGGGAAAUGCAAAAUGAGCAAAGAAAAUAA